AUGUCUCAUUUCUUCUCCCUAUACACUUGCCAUGUCUCAUUUCUUCUCCCUAUUCAUUUCUUCUCCCCUAUACACUUACAUGUCUCAUUUCUUCUCCCCUAUACACUUGCCAUGUCUCAUUUCUUCUCCCUAUACACCAUGUCUCAUUUCUUCUCCAAUAUACACUUUGUCUCAUUUCUUCUCCCCAAUACACUUGCCAUGUCUCAUUUCUUCUCCCUAUACAUGUCUCAUUUCUUCUCCCUAUGUCUCAUUUCUUCUCCCUAUACACUUGCCAUGUCUCCCUAUUUCUUCUCCCCUCCCAAUACAUUUGCCAUGUCUCAUUUCUUCUCCCAUAUACUUACUCAUUUCUUCUCCCUAUACACUUGCCAUGUCUCAUUUCUUCUCCUAUACACCAUGCUUGUCUCAUUUCUUCUCACACUUGCCAUGUCUCUUUCCCUUCUCCCCAUGUCCUCAUUUGCCAUGUCUCAUUUCUUUCUCCCUAUACACUUGCCAUGUCUCAUUUCUUCUCCCUAUACACUUGCCAUGUCUCAUUUCUUCUCCCAUACACUUGCCAUGUCUCAUUUCUUCUCCCUAUACAUUUCUUCUCCCAAUACACUUGCCAUGUCUCAUUUCUUCUCCCUCUCAUUUCUUCUCCCUAUACACUUGCCAUGUCUCAUUUCUUCUCCCUAUACACUUGCCAUGUCUCAUUUCUUCUCCCUAUACACUUGCCAUGUCUCAUUUCUUCUCCCCAUACUUUAUGUCUCAUUCUUCCCCUAUACACUUGCCAUGUCUCAUUUCUUCUCACUAUACACUUGCCAUGUCUCAUUUCUUCUCCCUAUACACUCUGCCAUGUCUCAUUUCUUCUCCCUAUACUCUCAUUUCUUCUCCCAUACAUUGCCAUGUCUCAUCUCAUUUCAUUCUCCCUUCUUGCCAUGUCUCAUUUCUUCUCCCUAUACACUUGCCAUGUCUCAUUUCUUCUCCCUCUUAUUUGUCUUUCUUCCCUACACAUUUAUGUCUCAUUUCUUCUCCCAUAUACACUUGCCAUGUCUCAUUUCUUCUCCCUAUACACUUGCCAUGUCUCAUUUCUUCUCCCUCUUCUCCCAACACUUGCCAUGUCUCUUCUCCCUAUUUGUCUCAUUUCUUCUCCCAAUACACUUGCCAUGUCUCAUUUCUUCUCCCUAUACACUUGCCAUGUCUCAUUUCUUCUCCCUAUACACUUGCCAUGUCUCAUUUCUUCUCCCAAUACACUUGCCAUGUCUCAUUUCUUCUCCCUAUACACUUGCCAUGUCUCAUUUCUUCUCCCUAUACACUUGCCAUGUCUCAUUCUUCUCCCAUACACUUGUCUCAUUUCUUCUCCCUAUACACUUGCCAUGUCUCAUUUCUUCUCCCACUAUGUCUCAUUUCUUCUCCCUAUACACUUGCCAUGUCUCAUUUCUUCUCACUAUACACUUACCCCUACCAAAUGGAAAAAUUUAA